AUGGGCGGGGGACACUCACGCCACGAGCCAGACUGGGGAGCAAUCCGUGCACAACAAGAAGCUGAAGCUCGCGCUCGCGCCGCAGCUGAGGCUGCUCGUCAAGAAGCAGAACGUGCCGCUCAGGCAGCCCGUGCAGAGGCCGAAUGGCUCAUGCGCGAGGCGGAAGAAGCACGAAGGCGCUUUGAGGCACAACAAGCAGAGGCAGCUAGAAGAGCGCAAGCUGCUUAUGAAGAGGCCCAACGACAGCGCCGCGAGAGAGAGCAAGCCGAGCAGGCAGCACGUGCUGCUCGCGAGGCCGCAGAAGCAUGGGCUCGCGAAGAAAGAGAGCGUGCCGAACGACUGGCGCGAGAGGCUGAAGAAGAGAGAUGCAGACAACAAGCUGCCCAAGAAGCUGCUAGGCAAGCUGCCAUUGCUGCCCAGCAAGAACACGAACGGCAACAGAGAGCCAGGGAAGAGGAAAACAGGAGACUCCAAGCCGAGAGGGAAGCAGCUGAGCGCGCCGCACAACGAGCUGCUGAAGAAGCCAGGCAAGCUCAAGCUGCGAGAGAGGAAGCCGAGAAACAAUUGCGAGAUGGCACCCGACCUGUGGUCACGCCUACCCCUGAAGAAUAUUCUGCUUUCAGAGCCAAGAUGCAGCAUACCGAGGGUUUCUUCCAUGUUGCUGUCAGUGGGAUUGCCGGUAGCGGCAAGUCGUCACUGGUAAACGCGUUCCGGGGCAAGCAUAAUAUGGAUCUUGAUGCUGCCGCGGUUGGCGUGAACGAGACCACUCUCGUGGUGGCCAGAUACCCAGACCCAAACCCAUCCAGCCGCUUCGUCUGGUACGAUGUUCCCGGAGCGGGUACCUUGAAAGUCCCCGAUUGGAAAUACUUCAAUGAUCAGGGGCUCUUCGUCUUCGACUGUAUCAUCGUCGUGGUCAACAACCGUUUCACUGCCACUGACGUCGCUAUCCUUUCCAACGCUGGGCGCUUUGGCAUUCCCGCUUUCAUCGUCCGCUCUAAAGCGGAUCAGCACAUCAGGAACCUCAUGAAAGAUAUAGGCUAUAACAGUGACGAUGAAGGCGGAAACAAGGCUAGUUACUUUGCGCGGGCGCGUGACCAAUACGUGGCAGAAAGUAUCCGUAGCAUCAGGACUAACCUCCAAGAGGCGAACAUACCUGAUCAACCGGUAUAUCUCGUGUCGAACGUUGCUCUACAAGCAACUGUUACUGGCAAGACACCGAAGAAGAUGCUGGACGAGGUCAAACUGCUCACAGAUUUGGCGAGCACGGCUCAGCGACACGUAUAG